AUGGCCGCGAAAUUGCUAGCCAAUUCGUUCAAAUUGGCCACCAGCGAUUUGGCUAAUCAGUACGCGCUGCCGGUCAAAUCGAUGACUGGCUAUGUUGUGAGCAAGAUGACGGCGCGGAAAUCGAAGCGGUUGAACGAAUUGCUGAUUCAGAAGCACAUGAAUGUCACAAAAGAUGAUUUUUGUCUGGAAAUUGGCUAUGGUCGAGGUGACGCAAUAAAAUUGAUAUUCGAUCGGGUCUCGAGCGGAAACGGCGCGGUUUUCGGCGUUGAACGGUCGGGAUACAUGGACGAGUGCACGAGGAAACGAUUCGAUCUCGAAAUCGCCGAGACUGGCCAAAUUCGAAUCGAUUCGACAACUGAUUUGCGAAAUUUGCCGUAUCCCAAUGAGAUCUUCGAUCAUAUAUUUCACGUCGACGUCUUCUAUUUUUGGCGACACGAGCAUCUCGAUGAGAUCAAUCGCGAAUUUUUGCGGGUCAUGAAGCCCGGCGGAAGUGUUCACGUUGGAAUGCAAUUUUCGAGGCUCGAAUCGCUGACGUCGACGAAUAUUCUCGAUCGAAGCCAGUGGGAUCCGAUGCGAUAUUUGGAGUCGCUCGAAAAUGCGAGAUUUGACGAUGUUCAGAUUACGUAUCACAAUGACACGAAAAUUGGAGAAUACCAGAUAAUUUCGGCAAAACGGCCGUCGAAAAGUCUCGACGAUGAAGAUGCUGACGAAAUUCUCGCGCAAUUGGCGAUGGACAUCAAAAAAGAGAGAUUGGCGAUGGCGAUGCUUCAAAAAAAUGGCAAAAUUGACUAG